UAAAAUUAAUAUAUGUAGUAAUUUUUCUAAAAAUAAAUAUAAAUAAAUAAAAUAAAAAUCCCUAUACGUCUCCGUCGUUCUCCAAUUCCAUCGCCGUGCGUACCUCCGUCGUCUUACUCGCCGUGAAAGGAUUCCAGCGAUCGAAUGGGAAAAUGUAUAAGGAUGCGAUUGCCAUAACUUAAUUACAUUUUUAAUAGUCCAUCAGUAUUAUAUCAUCUGCUAUAACUGGCCAAGCUUCAAAUGAACUUAACUUCAUAAUGGGAUGGAACGAGAGAUUUGGGGUUUAAUUGAAGUCUGUGAAUUGGUGAUACCAUUUGGUGAUUCAGCCCCAUAAUUGGUCGCCUUGAGGAUAUGAAGUCCACAGAGUUGUUCUUUCUUCUUGCUUAUGCUGUUGCUUUCUAUGCCUUCAUCAUUCAUAGAUCUGUUCAACUUUCUCGCGAUCACCACACCAAACUCUUUGGUUUGCGUCCUGGAUGGCUCAUAUCUCAACGCCUCAAUGAUGUCUCGGAUGCUCAAUGGAGGAACUUUCGUGCAAAUUUACCUAUUCUCACAAUCGUUUUCACCAUUUUUGCUCUUCUGGCUAAUGUUUCGAGGACCCUUUUUCAUUUUAAAGCAAAAGGGAUGUCUCUUAUAUGGAUUGUAAUAUCUUUAGCAUACCUCUUGUAUCUUCAUGGUGCUUGCAUUGUAUUUAUCAUCUUAAUCGCUUCCCUGAAUUAUUUGUUGGUGAAGAUAUUUGCACGAACCAAGUACUUCUCUUUCAUAUUUUGGGUUUUCAACCUUUUUUUUCUCAUAUGCAACCGUGUUUAUGAAGGAUAUUCCUUCUCCAUAUUUGGUCAACAUUGGGCAUUUUUGGACAACUUUCGAGGAACCUUCCGAUGGCACAUAUGCUUCAACUUUGUUGUUUUACGCAUGAUAAGCUUCGGUUAUGAUUACCAUUGGGCACAUCAAGAUUCUCGGUCUAACUAUAAGAAACACAUUCAACAUUGUCAUAUCUGUAAAUCAGGGAAAAUUUGCUACCAAGUUUUACAGGAGAGAAGUGUUCCGGAUGACAAGUUUUCCUUUAACAUAUACCUGUCUUAUUUGCUAUAUGCACCUCUCUAUCUCACUGGGCCAAUUAUAAACUUCAAUGCAUUUGCUUCACAGCUAGAUGUGCCUCAAAAUCAUUUUUCAGUCAGAAAUGUGGCUUGGUAUGGUGUUCGUUGGGUCUUCAGUCUACUCCUGAUGGAAGUAAUGACCCAUCUAUUUUAUUACAAUGCGUUCGCAAUCAGCGGUGCAUGGAGACAUCUAUCUCCUCUUGAUGUGUUUAUUGUCGGAUAUGGGGUAUUAAACUUCAUGUGGCUAAAGUUCUUCCUGAUUUGGCGCUACUUUCGAUUUUGGUCUCUGAUAUGUGGGAUUGAGGCCCCUGAGAACAUGCCAAGGUGCAUCAAUAAUUGCCAUAAUUUGGAAAGCUUUUGGAAAAACUGGCAUGCUUCCUUCAACAAAUGGCUUGUGAGGUACAUCUAUAUUCCUCUUGGGGGAUCACAGAGGAAACUACUCAUCGUUUGGGUCAUAUUCACAUUCGUCGCAAUAUGGCAUGAUCUAGAGUGGAAGCUCCUCUCAUGGGCAUGGUUGACAUGUUUGUUCUUUAUUCCAGAAUUGUUAUUUAAAUCAGCAGCAAAUGCAUUUCAGGCAACAAAUGCUUUUAGGGUUUUUGUUCUCCGUGAACUUCGUGCAGUUGCUGGUGCCGUUACAAUCACUUGUCUCAUGGUUGCAAACCUUGUUGGUUUUGUUAUUGGAGCAUCGGGCAUUAACUGGUUGACUUCACGAUUUCUCGAGAAAGAUGGGUUACCUGUUCUGGCUGGAAUGUUCGUAUCAUUUUACGUUGGAACCAAGCUUAUGUUCCAUGUCCAAGAUUUCAAGCAAAGUAGGCACUGAAUUAGUUGGUCUAUGAAAGGUUCAUUUCAUUACAUAUCUCUUUUUACUUGAAUGAUGAUUUGCUCCAAAUCCGGGAUAGGUGUCUUCUAAAGAAUAAUUUAUUCCUUCAAAAGAAAAGACCUGACUUUACUGGGCAAGAUUUUCCUGAGAAAUGCUUUUGUCCUACUUGGCAUCAAAAUCAUGCAUACAGUCGUCCUGUAGAGGGAGAUCCAAAUACAACACUUUACUAGAGCUCUGCUUCUUCAUCUUUAUUUAGUCUCAUAUCUUAAUAUUUCAUUAUAAUGUUGCCAGUAGGAUUUUGCAAUUGUUAGAUCUUUCAGUGGGUAUUGAUUUACUACUCACACCAGUAAUAGGUAAGUAAGUUUUUUGAAAUAUUAAAAUAAAAAUGAAAAUAGGAUUCAGUUAUUACUUAUCAGCUGCCAUUAUUCCUAGUGAGUCAUUUUUAUCUUUCUUGCCUAAUGCUGAACAUUAUGCAUGGCUUACUGUAAUUGACUAUUUUGAAAGGAUUAUAUUGCAUAGGACUAUUACUAAA